AUCAUUUUUCUGCUCUUACCCAUAGUACGGGCAAGUCAUGCAUAUGAAGAUAAUAAUGAUUUAAGAUAAAACUUUUUCUGUACAGAAAUGUCACUUCAGUGAAACUGAUAUUUAAAAAUGCCAUACAACUCAUUUUCAAAGACCUUAGUCUAUCUUUGUUUCAUGCAGUUUUGGUGGAUAAACCUGGGAUUCUUGAGCCAAUUCCUGUGCUUGGGUAGUCUCAUAUGACUAACAGAAGGGUCCACAUGGUCCUCAAGGGCCGGGGGAUGGUGGAGAGUCCAGAGUAUCUUGCUGGGGAGAAAAGGGGCUAAGCAACCUGUGGAGAUGGAUGUUUCUGAAGUCCAUUUGGGUCCCAACUGUACAGCUGGUCUAGCCAUAACUCAUUGCCAAGUUGGCUGAUGAAGCCCCAGGAAAACUUGCAAUCUGGAGUAAAGGAAUUUUUUUGAGAUUUCUACCUUAUGGGAAGAGCCAUGGCAGAUUUGUGCAUGUGGUUUUAUGAGGUUGUCAUUAGAAGUUUGAAGAAUGUUCUUGGGGUUUAAGUGUUUCACUUUUGUCUGGAUGGAGUUUUGGUUUUGCUUUUAUUCUGCAAAGUGCAUGUACUUUCGAGUUCUUAAAAAUUAGGAACACUAAAAGGGCAAAGAUGAAACAUGGGUUUCAAAACUGAUACUUACCUUAUCUUGCAUUUUUGGUUUUGUUAUUUCUUUAGCUGAUGAAAGGUUUUUUAAGAAAGACCGUAAUUUAUCUGCACUAAAACAUCUGAAAUGUUUUGCAUAUAAAUAGUUGAUGAAUACAAAAUAUUUUCAUUGUUAAAUGAUUUUUUUUCCCUCAUCAUCUCCCCUUCUAAGAUUUGAAUAUCAGUAGGUUUUAGCUUUUACGUAGUUCCGAUUUAUAAACUUGAUUUGGAAAACAAGCUUUACUGUUCUUCCAGCUUCUAAUGUCUUUUUCAGCAGUAAAUGAACUGGUUAUAACCAGAACAGGGUGAGUAACCUGAAAUGAAAGCAAGUUCUGUGGAUGUAUGCUUUUAAAUCUCUUCAAAAUCUUAAUAGCCUGCAUUUCUUUAGUCACAUGUGGAGAGCAGAUUGCUGGUAGUCAUACCCGGCAUGGAAGAAAAGUUUCAUGGGACAGGAAUAUGUUUUAUAGAGAACUUGUGUCACUGGCAGCUAGAGAUUGAAAAGGUUUCCUUUUUAAAAUUGUGGUGGGUUUGAAGAUGACAGAAUCUGAUGUCCUGCUGGUCCCAAAGUCCUCGUGUGACUUAACUAUAGGCAAUCUUUACAUUGCUUUCUAAAAUAGCAUUUUUACUUUAAAUCGAUUUCUCUUCUGUACUAUGUGGAGAGGGUCUAUUAAAUUGAUGUUUUUUAUGUAUGUGUCUGUUUUAAAGCUUUCAGAUUAAUUAUGAAAAUAUUGCAAUUGCAAGAAACAGAGUAGUUUGCCUGAAUAAAACGGUUAAAGCAAAUUUUCCAGAGCACUAAAAUAGCAUUUGUGUAUUUUUGUUUUGUUUUCCAAUGUUAGCAAGAAGGCUCCUUGUGUGCUCAGCAUUGCCUGAAUAAUUUGCUGCAAGGAGAGUAUUUUAGUCCCGUUGAGUUAUCCUCAAUUGCACAGCAACUGGAUGAGGAGGAAAGGAUGAGAAUGGCAGAGGGAGGAAUGUCCAGUGAAGAAUAUAGAACGUUCUUACAGCAGCCGUCUGUAAAUAUGGAUGAUAGUGGAUACUUCUCGAUUCAAGUUAUAAGCAAUGCCUUGAAAGUUUGGGGUUUAGAACUAAUCCUUUUCAACAGCCCAGAGUAUCAGAGACUUGGGAUCGACCCUAUAAAUGAAAAAUCAUUUAUUUGUAAUUAUAAGGAACACUGGUUUACAGUUCGAAAGUUAGGAAAACAGUGGUUUAACUUGAACUCUCUCUUGAUGGGUCCAGAACUAAUAUCAGAUACAUAUCUUGCACUUUUCUUGGCUCAAUUACAACAGGAAGGUUAUUCCAUAUUUGUGGUAAAAGGUGACUUGCCAGAUUGUGAGGCUGAUCAGCUAUUGCAGAUGAUUCGGGUACAGCAGAUGCAACGACCAAAAUUAAUCGGAGAAGAGGCAGCACAGUCAAGAGAACAGAGACCACCCAAAAGUGAUGUGGACCAAGCAGUAGAAGUUAACCAGCCUUUUGAUGGAACAGGCAUGUUAGAUGAGGAUGAGGAGAAUUUUCAAAGAGCCUUGGCCCUAAGUAGACAGGAAAUUGAUAUGGAAGAUGAAGAAGCUGAUCUUCGUAGAGCCAUUCAACUCAGUAUGCAAGGGAGUCGUCGAAGUGAGUUCUUGGACUCAGUACCGCAGAAUUUUCCACAGUCACCUCAAACAAGUCAGUCAGACUCAUUUUCUUCAGAAGAACUGCGAAGGAGAAGACAAGCGUAUUUUGAAAAGCAGCAACAGCAGCUACGGCAGCAAGACCCGACCCAAAACCUACAUGAUAAGCAAACUAGAAGUUCAAGCACCCUGGAAGCUGACCCAGGAGGUGAUAUGAGUGAAGAAGACAUGCUUCAAGCAGCCAUGAAUAUGUCUCUGGAAACUGUUAGAAACCACAUGAAUACAGAAGAGAAGAAAUGACAUCACUUUUUUAAUCUAUGUUGCUAAAACACUAAAACUCCAUUAUUAUUUUACUGUGUGGGUGUUGCAAAAGCAGGGUUCAUUUCAGAGCUGUGGAAGCAGGAAUGAAAAGGGGGGCAAGAACUCAGA